UUACAACAAAUGUAAUGAUGAUGGUAGUAGUAGUUUCUAGCGUUUGCUGCGCUAUCUCUCGUAAACAACUGAAGACACCAACACUGCGUUGCAGGAAAGACGGCUUUUGCGUGAUUAUCAACACUUAGACAUGGCCGGAGAGGGUGAACUAAGCGACGGUCACCACGACAUAAUAGUGCGCUACUUGAAGUUCUCGAAGUCGCAGCGAGCCCAGCGCCUGAAAGUGAUCGACAAAAGUUUCGACGACGUCAAACAUGCGAGGCUCCUGGAGGAAACGUACACGUCCGAGGAAGUUCAACAGAUCCUCGACGAUCUGUGCGCCGUGGUGCGAGCCGAGGUCGAGAGCGAGCUCAUCAACGUGUCUCACGCGAACGUAGUUCUCCUGAGACAGCUUUGCAAGCAAGCCGAACAGUGGCACCUUCAGCUGCAGGCAGAUAUAUCCGAACUUGAAGAUGGCUCACUGAUUGAAAAUGUUGGCAGCAUGGAAUCGGAGGGCUUGAGGGCUGGAAAGCAGUUGCAAGCAUCCUCGUCGAGAUCGCACAAAUUGAGCCCACUUGAGGACUCGCAUGGACCAAGUGCUCUUCUACAGAAAGAAAUAGCCAGAAUGAAAAGUGAGAACACCAUGCUGAGAAGUCGGCUGAAGGAUGUUGAAAGUCAGGUUUCUCAAAUACUGAACCAAAAGUCUGAGCUGGCUGAGAGAUUCAACCAGAAAAAGUCUGAGUUGUUGGAAAGCUUGAAGAACAAGGAAAGAAAAAUGGAAGAAUCAACAGAGUUUAUCGAAGACCAGAUGAGCAAAGUCAAACUUGAAAUGGAGGAGAGCUUAAAUAAAAGCCGGUUGUCACAGAAAAAAUUGGAAUCUGACUUGGUGGUGACCAAACAGAAGCUUCUUGAAGUGGAGGCACAGUUGGAUUUGGCCGAAAAGGAGUUGGAAAAAAAGUUCAGCCAAACCGCAGCUUACACGAACAUGAAGAAGAUGUUGUGCACCAAGAACGACCAGAUCAAGGAUCUGCGGACUGCCCUGGCUACGUUUCAGACUGGAGAGGCGUAAAGAAAAAAAAAGCUAUCAAGUUUGUAGGGGAGGGGGCACUGCCUCCAGUACACAGCGCAGCUGCAUAGAGUGUUGGAAUCUUCUAGUCUUUAUUUAUUUUUUUUCCUUGCUACGAAAAUGCUCACUUUUCUGAUUUUGCAUUUUAACACCACUAUUGUGAUUUCGUUGUCUUUCUUUUUUUCUAUUGUAUAUUUGUUGUUUCCUUGAGUGUUGUUCAGUGCAAUAUAUAUUUUACGAUACCAACACCUACAAUAUUUUAACUUAUCAGGUAACAUUUACGUUGAGUUCUUUACAAAUAUCGUAUCCAAAUAGAACGCCCCUGCUGGUGAUUAUUUCUUUACCAGUUCUCACAAGAUUGUGUGAACAUUCUUAUACAUUUUAUUUUUAAUGAUUUUAGUUUGAUGUUAACAUACUUGAAACUGAGCAAAUUUUCUAUUUAUAUAGACCAGUAGGUGCUGACAAAGAAAACUCAUUAGAGACACUUUUAUCUGUGAUAGCUGACAUACUUACUGUGAUCACUAGCUGCUUUGCUCAUGUGUACAAGGCAUUUAAGGCAGCUUGAAUGUUAGCUCUCGUGUGUUUGCUAACGUUAAGAAAAGAAAAAUAUCAAAAACCCGGUUGUCUGUUGUACAAACUGAUAUUUUCACUGUGGUUAAAAGCAUGUGAGUAGAUGGGAGGCGUGUCGUACGUGUGAACUAAACAGGCCUCCUCGCAUCCAAAUGCCGACGGCAGCACCAGCUAGAGUGAUAGACUAAGUUCUUGUAGUAUGUUUGCAUAUUCGUUAAAAGCUGUAAAAAAUGUUUGUUUAUACAACCAGUCUGAAAGUUUGUAUGCUAACAUGUCUGCAGCUCGACACAACGAUUGCAAAUAUAACGACCGACCUGAUGUACUAGUGCUGCAGGUAAUGUUUCAGACUCAUAAUUCUUAGUAUAUAGCUAUAAUUAAACUUGAAAAAAGUAAAACCUAAAGUGAUAUCAGCUACAGUAAAACUAAUGUUUGUGUGUGCAGUUAGAAAAUAUCAACUCUGCUGCAAGAUAAACUUGAAGCAGUCAUUCUCUGCACGUUUCAUUAAUGUUAUUUGUGAGAGUGCACGUUACAGGUGUGCAUUCGUAUUGUUGUUGGCUGCUUGGCUCACCUGAAGUUGGUGUGCUAGCAACAGUGUCAUGUUGUAUGAGUCAAUGUUAAUGACAGUGCAAUGUUUUCCUGCCAUGUAAUGACAAUGCAGUGUUUAAGUGUCAUUUAUUGGCAGAUACAAGUUAGAUGUGCAUUCGUGUUGUGGUUGGCUGCUUGGCUCACCUGAAGUUGGUGUGCUAGCAACAGUGUCAUGUUGUAUGAGGCAUUGUUAAUGACAGUGCAAUGUUUUCCUGCCAUGUGAUGACAAUGCAGUGUUUAAGUGCCAUUUAUUGGCAGAUACAAGUUACUGAAGAGAUGCUGUACUUCUUUCAGUCGGCCAUCCAAGAAACAUCAGUUAGUCCAUUGUGACGGCAUUGAUAAGCCAUUAUCAUUAUUUGGUGUCAGAAUAUUGUAAUAUUAGACCUGUUCUUUUGCAUAGACCCGGUCUCAAGUUCUUUUCCAAGACUUUAGUGUAUGCAUACUUGAGAUCUAUAUCGUAUGUAUUGUAAUGUCAGAUAUGUCUUAAUUCAUCACUGCCACUUGCAGUGGUAAGAAAAGUAUAUUGAGUGGUCUUACUUUUGUAUUGAAACCAAACUUGUCCACACCCUUCUAUAAUCAUGAAAAGAACACUUACUGGGCAGUGUUCCCGUUGAGAUUGCUAUUCUUAUUGCAACAAAUACAAACCUGUGUAUUGUUUCAUUAUUUGUGACAUUUGAAAAAAUCAAACAAAAACUAGCAUAUCGUAUAGUCUGCGCUUACGUAGGAUCACACAAAAGUGCUCGCAUAUUUUGGAAGUUACUGACCCCGAAUGCUGUGUAACAUGUGUGUAGUAUUUCGGGGCCUUUAUCUCGGUAAAAGUGGUGCUGUGGACAUUCUGGAGUCCUACUACCGCGGUAGCAUGCCUUGCAAGUUUGCUGUUAUUGCCCCUUUGAGGUUUCGCCACCCUAGCUGGUAGCAUGCAUGUGUUGUUCAGCAAAAUUGCACCAAUGGCAAAAAAGUAGUGCAUACGUGCAGCUCAUUUAAGAAGUUCAAAACACGCAGUUGCCACCCAAGAAUACAUCUUAUGCUUAUGUCAGCUUUUGCCAAUUGUGCACUAUGAUAGCCACAUUUAGAUCGACAAGCCUAUAUGCAUCACACAAAAGUGUAGCCUGUGUGCAGGUUAGUGUUUCACGGUUAAGUUGCACAUCAUUCUAGUCCAA